AAAUAUCUAAACCGAAACUCCAUUAUUAAUCCACCGUCCAAAAACUCUGCAAUCCGCGGGACGCAAAGGACAAAUUUACCCGAAGUCCGACGUGUCAUCCACCCACGUGAGCGUCAGCUCAUCCUCCCCGCCAGAAAACUUCCCCUCUCCACCUCUCUAAACACUCUUCAGACUACCGUAUCUCUCUCUCUACAAUGAUCUGCCCAGAGUCUUCGCAAUCAAAAUCAAUCCCUUUCAAAUCCAAAAUGCCACUUCGGUUCAAACCCAAACCCCCAACUUUCAGGCCGAAUCAGCUGACAAACAAAACCUCAGAGAAACCGUCACCGCUCCCCCGGCGGGCUUGCAACAAUGGAGUGGUCUUCUCCAUCAGAGAGGUUCGAAAGGCUUCCAUAACACGAACACGGUCGUAACUGCAUCUGACGGACGAGAUUGAAUCUGCCAAACAGCAGAUCGGUUUAUGGCCCACCAAACAAUCCCCCGUAAAACCGCUCAUUGGUUCAACAAAUUGCAGAAAAGGUAACGUUUUAAUGAUCUCUAUUUUUUUGUUUUCAGCUGACUUGAAUUUAGCAUUUUAAAAAAAAAAGUUUUCUCAGUUUCGAUUUUUUGUUGUUUUUUUUUUAAUUUUAAAAAAUCGAUAAAAGCAGUUGAGUGGGUUUUUUGAUAACGUGGAUAGCGCCACCUGGUUAUUGAAAUUGAAGCCAUUCAUGUCUACUUUCGGUGAUCUUUUUCCCCAAGAUCGAGUGUUUAACUGGCCGUUAAAGUUUAUACUUCCUGAAGCGAUUGAGAUAGAGAAAGUACUAAUGUUUGAUCAGAAGACUAGUUGUAUGACGCAAGAUCUUCAUGUCACAAUAAAUGUUGAUUCGAUAGACUGCAAUGUUAAGUCAAAAUCAGAUAGCAAGAAGAUGGAUGUGAGGAAGGUUUUUCGUGCUCGGCUUAUGGAUUUCAUGAAAGGACAUCCUGAGCGUGAUGAAAUUCCGGAGGAUGCAUUGCUAGAACCAUUCAAUUGUCCAAAGAGAAAUCUGCAUUCAAAUUGCAAUGAGACAUCGACAGCUAGCAAUAUCAGCAGUCUGUUUGAAAGAUAUGCCUUUGAAAGUAAUCAAAGCUCCUGGCAUGUCUUUGGGCGUGGAGACAUCCUCUGCUAUUUUUGCAAAUCAGCAACCAGGUGUAGAUCUCAUCGGUCUUGGUCUUUUAGAAGGCAUUUUUCUCAGCCACUUGCAAACAAGGAUGCAGAGCUGACUGAGGCAAGCUAAAGGUAUUUAGGAUUUCUAAUGAACCUUUGGUUGUUCCAAUUCUAGAGUCAAUCCUUGUCAGUGUUUCCUCAAGUGAGCAAACUGACGAUCCAGCUGUUUCCCCAAUUAAAUUAUCAUCUAAAUCAAUCAGCAGUGACAAACCCUUGGCAAGUUGUGAUUCUCCAGUUCUUUUGCCACCAGGUUGCCUGCCUUCAACUGCAAUGAAAGAGACAGACAGUGUUGAAAAUAAAGAUGUUUCUAUCAUAAAUAUUGAUGGCGUGCAGUCCACUCCUGCAAAACUUGCUUCUACACCAGCUAGGCUGAUGAGUCCAACACUUGCGUUAUGUACACCAAAAAGAAGAUGCUCACUUACCAUGUGGCGAUAAGUCACAUAGACAAGAGGGUUCAGGCCACUGUUGAAGGCUGCUUCUGUCAUUAAGUAGAGUGCCGUAUGACUCAUCUCAGCCAGAAUCAUUAGAAGCUGUGGUUUAAAUCUCCUAGUCACCCUGAAUGCACCUGCCUUUGGAUCCGUAGUUUCUGGGGGAGGUCAUUUCUUUGUGCAUGCCUCUUCCUAGUUAAUUUUUGGUAGAAGCACAAAAUGCUUCUAAUUAAACUGCUUCUGUGCUGAUUAAUUAUGCUUCUUGCUAGUUAAUUUAUAGUUGAGACAUAGAAUACUACUAUACUACUUCUGUACUGAUUAUUUUUGCAUGUUUUAAAGUGAAUAUCUUCGUCGAUCUUGAACAAA